ACUCUGGUGCUAAACCGUGAAAAACUAAGUGAGAAAGCUUUUCUUGCACGCGGAGGGGGUACCUUAACAGUAAGAACGAGCUGUUGCACCGCUCUGCGAAACCGGAGAGGCCAAGAUUUCCGUUUGACCCAAGCUGUAGCUGACGAAAAGCACUGUCAGGUUUCAAGUCUCGGUGGCUGGGAUUACUUGUAUUCGUCCGGGGCUAAGUGUGUGCAUUAACGGUAUAGUCUUGCCCGUCCGGGCAUCAAAUGCACGGCAGUGAGCGAAGUCAUCGCUGGUAACACUAGCAACCUGACUAACGAGCGCUGUAUUAGACAGCGGUUCUAAUUGGUUAAUCACCUCGACCAAUCAGCGGCAGCUUCUCUCGCUCAUCAUCAAGUUUGGGGAUUUUUUUUUUCUUAAGGAGAGGUUGUUCUGUCAUAACUGUGUAUUGACUGUAAUGAUUCCAUAAGCGCUGACAGGACAAAACAGCCCAACUGUAUAUGGGUGGAUGCACAUGCACUUGUGGAGUCUUUUUGGUGCGCAAUACACUUAGCUGUAUAUACUGACUCUCUCUAUAAAGAGAUAUAUUUCUUUCAAUUCGGACGAAAGUCAAGAUUUGAAGAGUUGGCAUCGGACAGUAUUUUGCACAUCUCUCUCAGUCCGUCGUCAGAUUGAGUCGUCUUGUUGUGUGUUUCUACCGCUCUUCAACACCACAACUCCUUUCUCCCAGUCCGUCGUCAGAUUGAGUCGUCUUGUUGUGUGUUUCUACCGCUCUUCAACACCACAACUCCUUAUCAAGUAUCUUUGGGUGUACUUGUCAAUCUUUAGUACUUUAUCUUAAUGAUGAUGGAGCGUCCAGUGAUCGACUUGCAGACCUUGUCCCUACUCAGGGGCCCUCUGACCGAGAAGGGGGCCAGGAAACCAAAGUGCGCCCGGUGUCGCAAUCACGGUGUCAUCUCAUGGCUCAAAGGACAUAAACGCCAUUGUCGUUUCAGGGACUGUCGUUGUCCUAAAUGCAACCUGAUAGCCGAGCGACAGCGUGUCAUGGCCGCCCAGGUGGCACUGAAGAGACAGCAGGCUGCAGAGGAUGCCAUUGCGAUGGGGCUGAGGGCUUGCUCACCAGGCUCUGGUGGAGGGUUCGGUAUGAUGUCCGCUAAUGGACCGAUGUUUGGCUCGUCAGACUCUGGCGAAGAAUUGUCACCUAGACCCAUGGAUAUUGCUGACGAAGAGGCUGAUCACCACGAUAUCCCUGAGAAACUCGUGAAGAACGAAUCAUCAAAUGAAAAGGAAAAUGGCCACCGAACUCCCUCUAGCGGCAAACCUGAGCACAAUAAUAACAACAGCAACUCAUCUAGUAAGAAUAAGAGCGACUCUCUGGACACCUUCAAUGGUUUCGCCGCCAGUUUUGUCUCUAACUUCCGCCCAGGACGUCUCACCCCAAUCGAGAUCCUUACAAGACUUUUCCCAACCCAGAGAAAGGCCGUCUUAGAGCUGGUCCUUCAAGGAUGCAGUGGGGAUCUUGUCAAAGCCAUCGAACAUUUCCUAUCAGCUAGUGAGACCCAGCAUUCUCCUAACGCAGCCAGCAUACCGUCGAGUAUCUCCCGCGCAGGUGAGAGGCCAAGUAUCGGUCACCACGACAGCUUUGGAAUGUCCGGGGUUCACGGCCUUCAAACGGCGUUCCGAUCGUCCCUGAGCAGUGAGAAACAUCCAGUGGGUAGCAUGAAGUCAGCGUUUACCCCUCUCCCACCGUCUAGCGCAUCAGCAGCCUCUUCAGUGCCGUUGUUAUUCGCUCCUAGACCACCCCACCCGUUCCACGCUGAGGCCCUCUUGGGUCGUACUCCUCUAUUCGCACCAACAUCAGUCGCUGAAUUGACCUCAAGUAUGCCCAGUCCAGCCAUGGGAUCCCCUCGGUUUGCUUUCCCAGCUCUACAUCCUUUUCAUUUAUCAGGAAAGUUUCCCAGUGCUGGAGAGGGGUAUCCACGUCUGAUCUUUGCCCCUUAUGCGACUUGUCCACCAGACUGCGUGCAAUGCCCCGGAAGUAGACCCGGCAUGCAUAGCGAGCCAGAGAAAUCACCGUCUGGUACCACUGACGGCUCUGUGGCAAACAGUGCAGUGGAUUCAGAAUAGAAAACGAAUGAUUACAGAAGGAACACUGACUUUUAUGUAAAUAAAUACAGGACUGGUUUUAAACUGUAAUGUUAAUACUUUGCAAUGUUUUGGGAUGGAUUUGAAAUAUUUAGAUUAAUCAUUUUUGAAAAUCUCACCUGUGCAAAUGUCGAUUUCUUGUUUGUUUGUUGUCUGUUUCGAUGUAAACAAUGUGUGAAGGAAACCGUGGUUUGUCAAACUUAUUUGUAUAAAAACUUGAACAAAAUGGCCUCGAAAUUAGUUUUGUACUCCACUGUAAGGGUAGCUUAUACCCAACCUUGUCAAUUGUUUUUAUAUUUGUCAAAAUUUGACAUUUGUCUUUGAGUUGUUCCAAUAUUUGACCCCUUUUUCGGCAGCCAUUUGCAUUUCACACUCCUGGUAGUUAAGGCAUGACAUCGUUUAUCUACUGCUCUUUGCUGCGACCCACUUGUUGUACACGCAACAGCCACUUUAACAAAAUGUCAAACUGAGCACAACAACGUGAAGUAUUGAGUGUGUAUUUAUGAUCAGGCAAAGCGUCCUGCAAAAAAAAGAAUUGUCAAAAAAACAAAAAGCAGAGUUGAUGUAAAGUUCCCAGGUCACAAUAGGGGAAAGUGAAGAGGUGUUGAGAAGGAUUACUGGACGACCAAAAUGUUUAUGGAUUCCAUUCUGAAGUGUUUGGCCGGGACGUUCUGUAUAAAAACUGUGGCAAUCCCCUGGUGGCUUGUCCUAAAACAUCCCAAGCAGGUACCCCGUGAGACCGUUUAGCGUUGUUUUACCCAAUUUACUGCCAAAUCGAAGUGAAAAACGCUUUCAAGAGUGGUUCCGGCCCUGGCCAAGAUUCUCCUAAUAAAGAGAGCAGAUUAUAAAAUAAAAAAUCGACCCCUCGUGUGUUGCUUCGGCGUGGUGGGUUUAAUAUGCAUGGCGGACUCAAGAGGUUGUUUGGGCCGUUUAUCGCAUAACACGUCGACCACGUGCCCUUUUUAAAGGUCAUCUCCAGAAUAAUUCUAAACUAGAUCUGUGGAUUCUAAAUGCGUUGCACGUGUACUUUUUCCGCUGUUGUUUUUCUCUUGAUGCUACUUUAACUUUUAAAUGUUGAUGUACUUUUCUCUGGCCUUCUUCACGUCUGUUGAUGAUAGGAUCUCGCGAUAAGAGACGUGAAGACUUCGGAUUGUUGAUGAAGAAGAACAUCAAAUGGAAGCAAUGAUUGAUAUUACAGUAAAUCUGCAUAGGGUUCAUGAGCUAAGUGUUUGAGGCAAGUCAUUGUCGAAACCUAAAUUUAACCAACUAGCUAAUACUACAAACUCUGUUUGUUCUCAUAUUUCACACAAAGCAGCUGGUCUGGUAACCUGACUUGCUAAUUAUCACAGUAUAAAACUAAUUUGAUAUUGUUUGUAUUUUGUGGUUUAUUUGUUGAAGUAUUUUUAACAACUUAAGAUAAAUGUGAAGUGGUAUGAGCAGAACCCAGACGCAGCUCUGUGUAUUCCCAACAUGUAAUUUAUUGUAGCCGAACUUUAUUUAGAUAAAAACUGAGGUAUGGUUGCAUUUUAGGCUCUGGUUACAUUUGGGUACAUUUGGGUACGAAAUCAGAGCUACAUUAAAACAUUUGGCUCAGUGUUUGGGGCAAUAAUUUUAGAUCCCAUGAUCCGGAGCCUGAACCAAAGACGAGGUUUCGAAACGACUUUGGUCACGUGCUACAUUGAUGAGACAGGCUGUGAUGCAUAUUUUCAAAUCUCAUCGACAUUUUUAAAUCUCACGUAACAGUGUAUGCAACCAUCUUGAGUUGCAUUAAGCUGUUUUACAAAAAGGCUGAUUUCGACUGUUCUCCAAUUAACCAUGAGACAAGUGAAUAAGGUGUGUUUUUUUACUGCCCCACCACCCAAAGAUGGCGAAAGAGCAUGAAAUACAACUGGCUAGAUUUUGUCCGUAUCUCUUAGAGAAAGAUAUUUUCAAAUGUUGCAAUUCUUAAUGAAGGUUUCUUCCAUGAGUAGAACGUUUCAUUAUUAAUGUUGUAAUCUGUUGAGUCUACAAUUGUACAUAAACGAAGCCACUGUAUUAUUUCUCCACCAUAUCUUCUACGAGUUGGACCAACUCGACCCAUGCUUAGAGAGAUAUCAUUGUUACGUAUUGCUUCCCGAGGAUCAAUGUAAUGAUAUGUGCUAUACUAUUAUAUAUAUUUUAUGUACAUAGAUACACACUUGAAAUUCCCCCAUCAGUUGGAUGGGUACCAGUUAUGGCUAUUUCUAUUGAAGAGUGCCAAUUAAAUGUUGCUAUUUCAGGCAAAGA